AUGGUCAUCAUGAAGUGUUGUGGCGUGAUGGAAAAUGCGCUUCCUAGAGGGCGCAUUUCGCAGCGCACAGAAAGUCAGGAUCCGCUUUCGCCGUUGCCGAUUCCAGAAGGAGAGCGCCCUGCAACACUGCUCACAAUCUUAGACUCAGCCCCUCCACCAGGGAAGGAAGGAGUGACAAAGUCAGGAGGGGCUGAGAGAGAGGAGUUUAUGAAACAGUGCUGCAUGAGGAUGAAUGUUAGAUAUUGGUUGAAGAUGGUCGUUUCCUUGGAGGAAGAUAGAGGGAAAAAACGAGACGUGUCUAGAUCUGGUACAACUCCUUUGACGUCGUUAUUAAUCUUCUUCUUGUCUUCACGUUCACCACAGCAUGGGUACUAUGGUAGUGAAGAAGAAAUAAAAAAUGAAUACCUACUUAGUACUUAUGUAUUUAUAUACCAGGUUUUUUUCUAAUCCGCCCAAGAGCUACCACCUCCAGGAUCACACCAUAGUGGACGAGCAGGCUGAUGCCUAUAAGAAAAUCGUGGCGAAGAUCAACAAUGAAGCAGGCGACGCCACCCCUGGCGUCACUGGAUCUACGUCCUUGUCCAGCUUUACUAUUAAGACUCUCAAUAAUUCAUCUGUCUGAUACUCUUGGUCUUGUCUGAUACUCUUGUUAAAGAAUCAGGAUGCAGCUCCGAUGUCUCAUAUUUUUUCGGAAGUAAGUCAUAGGCGAUGUGUAGUCUAAUGCUAGCGGAGGCAAAGGAGCGAUCACUGCACAAGCAGUUUGGAUGCAGAAGAAAGCCAUUUUCAUGAAGAAACUGUUACUCUCAGCCAGUCUAAAGAAACCAAAGCUACGCUCCUUGGGUUUCAAAAAGAAGAAUGCGGGAGAUCAGGAUGGAAGCAGUGAAGAUUUUAUGGCAUUGUGUCGUUCACCUCUACAGGUAAAUAAGAUGUAUCUGUGGCGUGUGGCAUGAACAAGUAUGAAACCAAAAUCAAUCUGUUAUCAUUAUCGUACUUUUCUACUUAAGAAGCUUGAUAAUGAUAACAGAUUUUCGCUUCAUAUGAAGUAGUGCACUUGUAGUAGUUGUACGUGUAGAUACCACAUAGAGGAAGGUUAAUACAGAUAUGAUUAUGGCAACUACGCGCUCGACAGCAAUAUAAUAUUCAUAUUUUGUAGGUAUUCGGCCACGACAUGAUCUUUCUCUUCCUCUAAUUUCCCUUCCCAACGCGUGCUCUUCAUCGGUG